CAAUUAACCGUAACCAACAAAAGUCAAAACAUGAGCAGCUGAUGUUUUUUAUCUAAUUUUUCCCCAAGAACUCGCCCAGUGUAAAGAGAAUGCAGUGAUUUGCAUUCAUUCUACGAUUCAUUUGUCCCUAUAAAAACUCUGGAAAAGUUAGAGGAGAUGGAAAAGAAGGCCUCCGAGGAGACCGUGCAGGUCAAAAGCCUCUUCAAAUGGCUGCAGACAUUCGAGAUAACCGAGUGCAAUGGGACACUCACAUUGCAAGAUCUUAGUGAUGGAGUCGUGAUGGCCAAAGUUUUGAAUGAAAUUGAUCCCGAAUGGUUUUCCACUACUUGGAUGUCUUCCAUAAAUACAAAUGCAUCACAAAACUGGCGUUUGAAGGUGAGCAACUUAAAGAAGUUGCUAACGAGGUUGAUGGAUUAUUAUCAAGAAUGCUUAGGCUACCAACUCUCGUCCUUUGAGGAGCCAAACAUAAACAAAAUUGGAGAGCAUUGUGAUGCGGAACAUCUCACCCAGCUUCUUAUAUUAGUACUAGGAUGUGCUGUCCAAUGCAAUAACAAGAAAGAAUACAUCAGCAGAAUUAUGUCCUUGGAAGUUGACGUUCAAAGGGUCAUAAUGCAGGCAAUUCAGGACCUAGAGAGUUGUCUGCAGGAACUGAAUUCUGUGUCUGGCGCCACUCUGGAAUCACCAAUUUCCGUGACAGCGCCAGGUGACAGUUUUGUUACGUCACACAUUUCGCAUCUUCAGGAGGAAGUGAGGGCAGUCACUGCCCUGAAAGACCAGAUGGCCCAAAGAUGCCACGAACUAGAUCAGCAGGCAACAAUUUUGCAGGAGGAAAAAGCAUUCCUUGCUUUGGAAAAUAAGCGGUUGGCAGAAAAAAUGAAGGAUUUUGAGGGUCUAGAAGAUGCAGGAGGCAGCCAGAGAAUGAAAGACCUCAAAAAACAAGUGGAGCAAUUAAAAGAAGAAGUUUUUAAAGCAGAAACGGCAAGGGACGAUUAUCGGGCUAAGGUGAAACUGGUAGAAAAAGAAAAUUUGGAUACAAAAACUCGUCUCGUUGAAUUGCAACAAGCUGCUGAUGAAGCUCGUCUGCUGAAGGACGAACUGGAUGUGGCUCGAGAAGCAGCAGACCAGGCAGCAAAGUACGAGGCAGCCAUAGAGACGUAUAAAAAGAAAUUGGAGGAGUUUAGUGAUUUGAGGAGACAGCUGAAGUUGCUCGAGGAUAAGAAUAUUGAAUACAUGCAGACAACUAUGGAGUUAGAAGAGGAGUUGAAGAAGUCUGGCACUUGGAAACCUCAAGUUGAAAUGUAUAAAAAGCAAGUGGGAGAGUUGCACCAGAAAUUGGGAGAUGAGACUAAGCGAGCGGAUAAAGUCGAAUUUGAAAACAGGAAGUUGCAAGAAAAACUUCAGGCAGUUACAGUGGAAAAAGAGAGACUGGUGACUGUAUUGGACGACUUGAAGGAAAACAUGGAAGAAAUGAAGUUUAACCAAAUCCAGACAAGGAAAGACGGGGAAAGUCCAGGUGGCCUGGUGACCGCUCGCAAUGUAUCGAGCGGGCCAGAAGAACUCGACUUGAAUUUGCAAGAGUUGAAGGAAAAAAUUAUUCGGUUGGAGCAUGAAAAUAAGUUGCUGAAGAUUAAAGGUACCGGGGACGAAGAAUUUGCGGUUCUGCAAACACAGGUGGAAGAUCUGACGCAGAGGAUGUCCCUUGAACAAGCCGAGAACAGGAGAGCUAACCAGCGAAUUUUGGAGCUAGAAAACCAAGUUGCAGAGACGCAGGAACGUCUUGUAGGCUCAAGCCAGCAAGAGUCCACGUUGGCCAUCAGCAUCAAGAGUCAGGUGGCGCAACUUCAAUCCCAGGUGCAGCAACUCUCUGCCGACAAAGAGCAAAAGUCCAGCCAACUGGAGACAAAGGAAACCCAAAUUGCUGACUUGAAACAAAAGAUUACCUUCCUUCAAGAUGCUCUAACAAGGAAGGAUGCAGAAAUGCAAGCAAGGGAUGAGAAAUACCAGAGGUGCAUUGAAAAAGCAAAGAGUGUGAUAAUUACGCUUGACCCCAAACAAGACGCCAGUGCUGAGGUUGAAGAGUUAAGGAAUCAAAUUCAAGAAAAAGAGAGGAUCAUUGUCAACAUGGAGAAAGAGUUUGAGAAGAGCAGAGGCAUCCGUGAAAUGGAGGAAAAACUGAUGCUAACUGCUUUUAAUAAAUUUACAGUGCAAAUGAACCGUCAAGCUGCCGAGCAGCGUCUUGCCAACAUGGGCUCCACGUCGGCCUCAUUUUUGUCUCGUCAGAGGCAGCCUACACCCAGCAGGCCUAGGGGUAGAUCUUCAAACGCCUCACCGCCGUACAAUACCAGUGACGCAUAUGUGGACUAUUAAUCAGCACCUUGCAAUUGCAUGCAAUUAGCACUCUAGGCCUGGAAUAUUAACUUCAAAUUCCAUUACUUCAGGAGCCUGCAAGAGAGGAUUGCGCAGGAUUUUGAUGACAUGAGGCUAAGCUGAGAUCACACCGUCCAAGCUUUUCAAACAAUAAUACUUAUGUGACACUUUAAUUUAAAUAUUUAAUUCACUAUUAAAUUUAAAUUCUUAAAAUAUUGCUAUUUAAUUUUUGCACUUUUAGCCGAGUCAUUUGUUUAUGUCUAACAAUCUAUUGAACUGUUAUCUUCACAAAUGUAUUUAUUUACUUUGUGGGGUGUUGAUUUUUACAAUUAUUUUAGUUUGUAAUUAAAUGAUACAUCACAAAUUGGAAAAAAAAACUUAAUGAUUGUUUAAUGCAAAAUAAACAAGCUAUUCUUGU